AUGUGCUGUGAAACCGAACCAAAGCCCAAUAAAUUCUAUCUUCCCGAUGAAGUCGUUAUCCACAACGAACAGUCCAGUGCGUGGGUGAGCAUCCAUGGGACCGUUAUCGAUAUCACGCCAAUGUUUGGUCCACCCGAGAGAAAGGCUCCAUUGAAGAAGACACUGCAGUGGUUGUUGGCACUCGCUGGGCAGGAUUUGAGCGCGUUCUUCUACCAGAAUAUGUCGCCCGUUGAGUGGACGAACCGACUCGGCGAACAGGUUCCAGAGCUCGUGCCCUGUUUGGAGCGUAAUCCUGCCACUGGUCUGCCCUGGUGGCGUGAUCCAACCCUGAUCAUUGGCCGCAUCACGUUCCACCCGUGCCCGGUGAGGAUCAUCAACACGUUGACAUUCCACACGACGGAAAUGACCGUUUGCUACGAAGAUACGAUCGCCGAUGUGCGGGAAAAGUACCUGCGCUACAACGACAACGCGUGUCAGUACGAAUGGCGCAAAGAUCUGCAAGAGGGCACAGAAAAGGGCAAGUUGCAGUUGGAUAAAACGCUGACGGAAAACGGCUAUCUGGUCAGUCUUCAAAAUCCGAUACCGGUAAUUUGGAUUUUCUACAUUCUUCCCCCCGGGCUUACGGACGCGGAAAGCGAUCUAAUGGCCGAUGAUAUCUCGGACAGCCAUUCCGGAAAAUGUGACCCACCGACCGAGCGACCUGCAGAUUUCUCAGACCACUCCUUCACGUCCAUCUCGCCGGUGGUCAGUGGAAAACAGCGUGGAAGUACGGCUGCAGCCACAAACGGUGUGGGCGUCGUGCGCGAGAUGGUUGAAGCGAUGGAGAAAAUUACAAUAUAA